GUUGCUUGCAAAAGUGGGUGUAAAUAAUGUAGCAAUUGAUGGGCUAUAAAUAGCAGAGACCCAUUCUGCUUUCUAGUUAGGUGGUGCUUGAUCAUCACUUAAUUCAACCUCCCCAUCUCAUCAAGAACAACAAAACCCCACCAAAAAAUCCGUUGCUCUCUGUUUCUUUCUUUCUUUCAGUUUCCCCAUUAUAUUAUAUAAUUUCUGUUUCUUUCCACUUCUGCCCGAAAGAAUCAAUCGAAUUUCACAUAUACUCACGAUGGAGGGAGAAAGGAAUAAUGAUUUGGAGGAGAAGCUACUUCCGCCGAGGUCUGUCGUCGUCGAUUUGAAGCCCGGCUACAACAAUGAUGAACCAUCAUCAUCGCCGGCGGCGUACUGCGGCGAGUCUCCGGCGAGCUGUAGUGGUGGCGGCGGCAUGACUCCGAUGGUCGUGUUUAGCACCAUGGUCGCCGUCUGUGGUACCUUCGCCAUGGGUUGCGCGUCAGGUUACUCAUCGCCGGCGGAGCAUGGGAUCAAUAAAGACCUGAAUCUGUCUGUGGCAGAGUACUCAGUUUUUGGUUCGAUAAUGACAAUUGGAGGGAUGAUUGGUUCCUUACUAAACGGGAAGAUGGCUGAUCUCAUUGGCCGAAAAGGCACUAUGUGGGUGUCUGAGUUGUUCUUCAUCAUGGGCUGGCUUGCCAUAGCAUUUGCAGAGGAUUCUUGGACGUUGGAUCUUGGCAGACUUUCAAUUGGUGUUGGAGUUGGAAUAACUGGCUAUGUGGUACCAGUUUAUGUUGCAGAGAUCACACCAAAGAACAUUCGUGGUGCCUUUACGGCAGCUGGACAUUUCAUGACUUGUUGUGGCUUCUCCAUGCUGUACUUCGCUGGAGUUGCUUUCUCCUGGCGCUCUUUGGCUUUGAUAGCUGCUGUGCCAUCUGCACUACACAUAGUGGGAUUGUUCUUCAUCCCGGAGUCUCCUAGAUGGUUGGCGAAAGUUGGGAGAGAAGAGGAGUCGGAAUUGGCUCUGCAACGACUCAGGGGAAAGAAAGUUGAUAUCUCCCAAGAAGCAGCGGAUAUCAUAGAGUCGAUUGAGGCAUGUCAAGGGCGUAAAUCGGGCAAAAUUCUCGACUUGUUCCAGCUCAAAUAUGCUCAUGCUCUUAUUGUUGGUGUGGGAUUAAUGUUCUUCCAACAAUUUGGGGGAACUAAUGCUAUUGCAUACUAUGCUAGGUCCAUUUUUGAGGCAGCUGAGUUUUCGAGCUACAUUGGUCUCAUAUCAAUGGCUGUCAUUCAGAUCCCAAUCACACUAGUAUCUGUCCUCUUAACAGACAAGUCAGGAAGGCGGCCACUUCUUUUGGUUUCUGCCUCUGGAAUGUGUCUAAGUACCUUGCUUAUAGCAAUAUCAUUUUGCCUUCAGAGCUUCCACAUUGCCAAGGAUAUCACCCCAACCCUUGCUUGCAUUGGAGUAUUGAGUUUCACUGUUGCUUACUCCAUUGGCAUGGCUGGAUUGCCCUGGCUAAUCAUGUCUGAGACAUUUCCGAUAAACAUAAAGGGAUCUGCUGGGAGUCUAGUGACAUUGAUCCACUGGUCUUGCUCCUGGAUUGUCACCUAUUCCUUCAAUUUCCUCAUGCAAUGGAGCUCUUCAGGAACAUUUUUCAUCUUCUCUGGGGUAGGCUUCUCUGCUGUUGUGUUCAUUGCCAAGUUGGUGCCAGAAACAAAGGGAAGAACAUUAGAGGAACUUCAAACUUCUUCCGUACAAACUCAUUUUGUUGAAUGAAACUAAGAAAGGAUUUGGUGUAGAGAAGAGUGGGUAAAUUUAUAUAAUAUAUUUAUUGAAAGUGUAAAUAUGAGUUAGUAAAAUAUGGAAUUUCACUCAGAAAUGUUAUUAUAUUCACAGAGCUCAUAGUAAUAGUAGUACCUUUCAAGCAAACCAUAGUUAUGCCACGUGGGUUCAUAAUUGAUUUUUGUUUAGUUUGUUCCUCUAAGUACUAUGUAAAUUCCAUCUUUAUGGUUAUAAAGCGUCUAUUUUAGC